GAUGGCCGAGCUGCCCCCUCGUCGGCCGCCCGGGCGCCACAGCGGCUGAGGUCGCUGGGAUCGCCGGGUCGCCUCCUCCACCGCCGCCCCCUGCAUGCCCGGCGCCCGGGUCGCAGCCCUCCUGGACUCGCUCGGCCCCCUGGUCUCCCACGUGCAGCCACCGCUGCUGCCCUCUAUGUUUUACGUGGGCCUGUUCUUCGUCAAUGUGCUGAUCCUCUACUACGCCUUCCUCAUGGAGUACAUCGUCCUCAACGUGGGCCUCGUCUUCCUGCCCGAGGACUUGGAUCAGGCGCUGGUGGACCUCGGCGUACUCUCUGACCCCGGCUCCGGCCUCUAUGAAGCCGACUCGGAGCUCGACGUCUUUGAUGGCUAUUUGGAGUAAGGUCUUGACUGCUGUUCCCACCUCCCCUUCAGCAUCCGCAAGCCGCGGCCUGGACCAGCCACCCACACCAUGCUACUGUCCCAGGUUGGGAACACCGUCUGGACCCGGAUGGGACCCCAGGAAGAGGCCCGCAUUAUAACAACUAACUCUGGGUUCCUUGGGAGAGUACAUAUGCCUGUGAGUCUCCGGUGGAGAGUGGGAAACGGCGAUCAGCAAGGGAGGUUGUCAUUAAGCAGGCAACCACUGCAGCCCAGACUCAGUCCUAUUCAGGAACCCCAGGAGCCAGUGGAUGUAAAACAGAGUGGGUAUAGGACGUGAGUUGCCCCAGGUGCAGGCUUGUUCAUGCCAACAGACAGGUUCCUGUCCAAGUCCAGGAGUGUUCCAGAAGUGAUGGGGACCCAGUGCCAAGAUGGGGAAGUUGCCUGGCCCCACUGGAGGGGGAAGGCCUUCAAAGACCUCACCUACUGCUCAGCGCUCAAACAGUCUGGAUCUGGCUUGUGACUCUCUACCUUUGCAAUGGAUGUUUACAGGAACCCAGCCAGAGGUCACUUCCCUGCACUUUACCCCAAACUGCACCUGCCUUCCCCACUUAACCUCUGGAGAGGACACGGAGAGCUGAAGUGGGAUGCAGAUGGAUGCAUACUUGGGCUGCUCACUCCACUGUGGUUGGAUGCCGGUUGAGCCUUAUGCCCAGCUGAGUUUCACCCAAGGCUGUUGGUCACAGUUUCAGGGAGUCACUCUGAAGAGGGACAUGCCAGGUUCCAGGGCAGGGUUUGACCUCUCCAGGUUGGCAGAACUGAGACACUGCCCUAAGGAAGGUCACGUUGCUGCUCUGGCCAGAAAUCUAUUUUUGGAAGUAUGAGUGAUGUAGAUACUUGAUUUCCAUAAACCUGAAAAAGCAAUACUUAGAGGCUGACUUAUUUCAUUAAAAAAUGUAUGCAACUCUGA